AUGUCAAGCAAUAAUAAUAAUAACAAUAAAACAAGACGUGAUCCUAUGAAAAUGACAAAUAUAAAUAAAUCUAAUAAUCAAGAUGGUGAUGCAUUAGAUACUGUUAUUAUACCAUUAAAUUCUUCAACAACAUCAACAAAAGUUCAUCAAACUAAAAAUGGAGUUUCUAAAUUAUUAUUCAUUCUAUUAAUUUUAUUACUUAUUUUAAUAUUAUUAUUUUUAAUUAUUGCAUCAAUUAUUGCAAUCUAUUAUUCAAAUGCAUAUUAUAAAUGUCAAACAAUUAAAGAUGCUGAGAUCAAUCAUUUAAAAUGUAAUGAGCUUGAUGAAAUUUGUACUUCAGAAAAUGUAACAGAUGAUCUACUACAACGAGCACUUGAAUCAUUGUCAAAUCGAUCAAUGAAAGAUGUACGAUUACCAUAUACAGUAAUUCCAAGUUUCUAUGAUUUAAAACUUCAAGUACAUUUACAUCAAGGCAAACCAGAAACAUUCUUUUUUAAUGGAUCUGUUACUAUCAAGAUUUAUUGUUCAAUAUCUACCAAACACUUCUUUGUACAUGCUCAUAGUCGUUUAAAUAUUAGUUUAGAUAAAAUCAGUAUAUCUAUUCUAAGUGAUGAUGGUAAUACACAUGAAUGGUAUAGAAUAGAACUGGUACAUUCACUUCAACCUUUUACUUAUUAUGAAUUAACCUUUGGACAAUUUCGUUCAGCUUUAAACGAUGAAUUGAAAGGUUGGUAUUUGAGCAAGUAUAUAGAAAAUGGAACAUAUAAAUAUCUUGCAACUAGUCAACUUCAACCAACUGAUGCUAGACGUGUAUUUCCUUGUUGGGAUGAGCCUGGAUUUAAAGCACAAUUUCAGGUUAGCCUGAUACGUCAAAAAGAUUAUCAUUCACUAUCAAAUAUGGCUUUAGAAAGUACUGAAGAACUUCAUGAUAAUUGGUAUCUUGAUAAAUAUGAACCAAGUGUUAAUAUGUCAACAUAUUUAUUAGCAUUUGUAGUUUCACAAUUCGCAUCAAUUCGUGGUAUUGAUUCUAAAGGAAGAAAUUUUACUGUAUGGACAAGAUCAGAUAAAAUUAAUUCAGCCAAAUAUGCUCUUGAAACAGGGAAGAAAAUUAUUGGAUUUUUUGAAGAAUAUUUUGAACUUCCUUAUCCACUUAGAAAAACAGAUAUGGUAGCGGUGCCUGAUUUUGCUGCUGGAGCAAUGGAGAAUUGGGGUCUUAUGAUAUAUAGAGAAGCAACAAUGUUAUGGGAUCCUGAAUUUGGAACAGCAGCUACUCAACAAAAAGUGGCGACGGUUAUUUCACAUGAAGUCGCUCAUCAGUGGUUUGGAAAUUUAGUUACUUUGAAUUGGUGGGACGAUCUAUGGUUAAAUGAAGGUUUCGCAAGUUUCGCUGAAUAUAUUGGAGUGGAUCAUGUUCAUCCAGAAUGGGGAAUGGAUGAACAAUUUCUUCUGGAUGAUAUACAGAAAGUAUUGAUUAGUGAUUCGUUAGCGACAUCUCGGCCAGUUAUACAACCUGUUUACUAUCCAAAUGAAAUUAAUGAAAUUUUCGAUCCAAUUUCUUAUAAUAAGGGUGCGUCCGUUUUAAGAAUGAUGGAGUCAUUUAUGGGUCGAAACACAUUUCGUGCAGGUGUAAAAAAUUAUCUAUAUCAAAACAAAUAUAAAAAUACUGUUCAUGAAGAUUUGUGGAGGGCGCUCACUGAGGCAGCAAAACUUGCAGGUAAAGAUGUGAAUGUUAAAGCCGUAAUGGAUACGUGGAUGAAACAGAUGAAUUACCCAUUAGUAAUCAUUCAAAGAAAUGCUGAUGGCCAAUUUCAAUUUGUACAAAAACAUUACUUAGAGCCACAGGAUUCUAAAUCGCCAAAAAAUCCCUCACCAUACAACUUUACAUGGAAAAUACCAUUGACUUAUGGAUCAGCAAAGACUAUUAACUGGGAUGAAACAGAUGUCAUUUGGAUGAUGAACAAGACAAUGACCCAAACACUAGAUGUUGCAGAAAAUUCUUGGUAUUUAUUCAACAUUAAACAAGCUGGAUUUUAUCGUGUUCAUUAUGCCGACAAUAACUGGGAACUAUUGACAGAACAGUUGUAUAAAGACCACCGUGCUAUUCCACUUCAUUCAAGAACACAAAUUUUGGAUGACUUGUUCAACUUAGCAAAUCGUGCUACUGUCUCAUACGAUGUCUACUUAAAUCUGACAAAAUAUUUGAGAAAAGAAGAUCAGUACGUUGUAUGGGAAACGACUCGACGAGCACUAUCUUAUUUAGACCGUAUGCUUGCCAUGGACGAGAGUUAUGGAGCUUUUCAAGCAUAUUUGCGUACGCUUGUAGAUGAUCCUCUUAAAUCAGUGGACUGGACAACAAUGAAAGAAGACAAAGAUCAUAUGAAGCAUAUGUUGCGCCUGACAUUAACUCGUCUAGCAUGUCAAGCUGAACAUCAUUCAUGCGUUAAAAUGGCUACAGAAUAUUACAGAAAUUGGAUGCUUAAUCCUUCACAAAAUUUGAUCCCACCAAGUUUAAGGCCAGCUGUUUAUUGCACAGCAAUUAGAAUCGGUGGACAAAAAGAAUGGGAGUUCCUAAAACAACGUUUAUUAGAAGUGGAUAUUAAAGAGGAAGAGAAAAAUAGUAUUUUACAGGCAUUGUCUUGUUCUCGUGAUAUGUGGAUAGUAAGACUACAUUUGGAAUGGGUCAUAAAAAAUAAUCAAAAGGAUCCUCAGGAUUUACUGGAUGCACUUUCAUCUGUGGCAUUGUAUCCUAUUGGCCAGACACUUCUAUGGGAACAUAUUCGUGAAGCGUGGAGAUUUAUAAUGAAUGAAGGGAAAAACGCAACUCGCCCAACUGCUAAAGCGUGUGUACUAACUGUAAUCCUUAAAAUACUAUCCAAACGUCAUUACACACUAAAUAACAUACCGGAUCAAGAAGAAGUACUUGCUAUGCAAAAUUCUGGACAAAAACUACUUGAAAAUCAUGUUCUGAAACGUGGAUUAAAUGAUUUGUUUAAAAGGUCAAAGGAAAACAUGAAAUGGACAAAAACUCAUCGUGAUGUUAUCAGUAAUUGGUUGAAUAAAAAUGUUCCCAAUACAAUCACAUUACUUUGA